AUGUGGGAAUCUGAUUCUGAUACAGGGUCCCGCAGCGCGUCUUCGGACGGGCUGCGGAGACGCCAAGGAUGGGAUCCCGAAGCGGAGAGUUUAGCCUCACAAAUGGAUGAACUUGACGAAGUUCUCGCAGAGGAAGAAGAUGGAUGUCCUUUACCUUCGACUCCUGAGGAUCAACAUCUAUUGGACGCUGAGAUGGCGGAAGUGUUGAAAGCGGGCGUACUCUCUGAUGAAAUUGAUCUUGGUGCACUGGCACACAACGCGGCAGAACAAGCCGAGGAGUUUGUCCGCAAGGUCUGGGAAGCAUCCUGGAACGUAUGCCACUUCCGGCAUCUGCCUCGCUGGCUACAAGACAACGAUUACCUCCACAAAGGUCACAGACCGCCGCUACCCUCGUUCAGCGCGUGCUUCGCGUCAAUAUUCCGGAUCCACACGGAGACAGGCAACAUCUGGACACAUCUACUGGGCUGCGUGGCUUUCAUUGGCGUCGCGAUCUACUUCCUGUCGCGUCCCUCGAUCGAGAUUCAAAUGCAGGAGAAAAUGAUAUUUGGAGUAUUCUUUAUAGGUGCCAUAGUGUGCCUUGGCUUCUCAUUCGCAUACCACACCCUCUAUUGCCAUUCGGAGAUGGUCGGAAAAUUGUUCUCUAAAUUGGAUUACUGUGGUAUAGCCCUAUUAAUUAUGGGCUCAUUUGUUCCAUGGCUUUAUUAUAGUUUCUACUGCCACUACAGACCUAAAAUUAUAUAUUUAUCUGUAGUGGUUGUUUUAGGAAUGCUGUCAAUCAUUGUAUCACUCUGGGACAGAUUCUCAGAGCCUCGCUUACGACCUCUUCGAGCGGGAGUAUUCAUGGGUUUUGGUCUGUCAGGCAUUGUGCCUGCCAUCCACUAUGGUAUCACAGAGGGCUGGUUCAGUCAAGUGAGUAAAGCCUCACUGGGCUGGCUGGUUCUGAUGGGCUUGUUGUACAUAUUAGGAGCUAUGUUCUACGCCCUGCGAGUACCUGAACGCUGGUUCCCAGGGAAGUGUGACAUCUGGUUCCAGUCCCACCAAAUAUUCCAUGUUCUUGUGAUUGUAGCUGCAUUUGUGCACUACCAUGGUAUCAGUGAGUUGGCAUCAUACCGUGUGACAGUUGGGGAAUGUUCUAUGCCUCCAUCAUCAAUUGCAUUCUAG